AUGGCCAUCUUUCAGACAAUCCUUAUCAUUGGAGCCACCUCUGGGAUUGGGGAAGAAUUGGCUCGCCGGUAUCAUGCCAACGGAAAGCAGGUCAUCAUUUCGGGUCGCCGAACAGAACGACUGGAAGUUCUGACGACUGAGCUACCAGGGUUGGGCUCCAUCCAGGUAUGUGCAGCACUCUAUAACAUACGGUUGUCUAACAAAGCACAGAUGGAUGUAAAGAAUCUUGCAGCUCUGCCGAGCAAGAUCGACGAAGCAUUUGCGAAAUACCCAGAUAUUGAUGCGGUGAUCAUCAGCGCCGGCAUCCAGCGUCUCCUGGACUUCAACACCACCGAUGUCUCUGCAGCUCAGUACCCAAGCACAGACGCCAUCACCGACGAGAUCACAACCAAUCUGGCCGGUCCGACCGUCCUGGCACGCUGCAUCAUCGAACACUUCAAAGCGUCGCGACCGAACCAGCCUUGCCUUCUAGCCUUUGUGACUUCAGGUCUGGCGUUGGUCCCAGCCACCAUGUUCCCCGUGUACUGCGCCACAAAAUCAGCGCUGCAUUCCUUCACGGUGCUCUUGAGGAACCAGCUCAAGGAUACUUCUAUCAGUGUGGUCGAGAUUGUGCCCCCAUACGUGGAGACAGGAUUAGACAAAGAUCACGUCGAGGAAUUGGCCAGACGCAUGGGUGGGACGAGGCCGCAGGCCAUGCCGGUCCAGCAAUACGUUGACCAAGUGGUGCGGGGGUUGGAGGUCACAGAUGAGAAUGGAAAGACCCAGAAGUAUGUCGCUGAUGGAUUCCCUCGUGCUGCGGUCGAUGCUUGGGUUGGGGCUAUCGGUCCCAUGGCAAAAAUUUUGCAUACCGAGCUGUGA